CUACGCGUGACAUUAGCGUAUACCCAUUCUUCAGUCAACGGCCUAUAUUACACAACCAGAUAAGGUCAAGCACAACCGACAACCUGUCGUUCAGUUGAUCUUUAUCAUCCGACUUCGCCAUGGCAGAUACCGCUGGAAAAGUAAUCAAAUGUAAAGCUGCAGUAGCAUGGGCAGAGAAGCAGCCACUUACAUUUGAAGAAAUUGAAGUUGCUCCACCCAAAGCACAUGAAGUGCGUCUGAAGAUCGUGGCCACUGCAUUGUGUCACACCGAUGCCUAUACUUUAGGAGGUUUGGAUCCGGAAGGUUUAUUUCCAUGUGUACUUGGUCAUGAGGGAGCUGGAAUUGUAGAAAGUGUUGGCGAAGGAGUCACAGAAUUCCAGCCAGGUGAUCAUGUAGUCCCACUAUAUAUCCCACAGUGCGGCGAAUGCAAAUUCUGCAAGUCACCCAAGACCAAUUUAUGUGGCAAAAUACGCCUUACUCAAGGCAAAGGCGUUAUGCCCGAUGGUACAUCUCGUUUCACUUGCAAGGGCAAGACUCUUGCUCAUUUCAUGGGCUGCUCCACAUUCAGUGAAUACACGGUUGUUGCAGAUAUUUCAAUUGCCAAGAUUGAUCACGAGAUACCAUUGGAUAAAGUUUGCUUGCUGGGAUGUGGUGUGCCUACUGGCUAUGGAGCUGCACUAAAUACUGCAAAGGUGGAGCCAGGCAGUACAUGCGCUAUUUGGGGAUUAGGUGCUGUUGGCUUAGCAGUUGCUCUUGGCUGCAAGGCAGCCGGAGCUUCACGUAUCAUUGGAAUCGAUGUCAAUAUUGAGAAAUUUGAAAAAGCUAAAAUCUUCGGUUGUACUGAAUUUGUAAACCCCAAAGAUUAUGACAAACCAAUCCAGGAAGUGCUUGUAGAGCUCACCGACGGUGGUCUCGAUUAUACUUUUGAAUGUGUUGGCAAUGUGAAUACAAUGAGGGCGGCUCUGGAAGCUUGCCACAAAGGGUGGGGUACAUCGGUAAUUGUUGGAGUAGCUGGGGCUGGACAAGAGAUUAGUACUCGUCCAUUCCAGUUAGUAACAGGACGAGUUUGGAAAGGAACUGCGUUCGGCGGGUGGAAGUCGCGAGAGAGUAUGCCUAAGCUCAUCAGCGAUUAUAAAUCAAAAAAACUACUCCUGGAUGAGUUUGUGACGCACAAUCUUCCUUUUGAUAAAAUCAACGAAGGUUUCGAUCUGCUUCAUGCUGGAAAGUGCUUGAGAGCUGUCUUGCACCUGUAAGAUGCAUUUACUUUCCGACGCCAAGGAUCAACGUACCAUUGUGCAUUCAUAAAAAAAGUGGAACAAAAUACUAUUUGCAAAAUAAAUAUUUCAUUUUGAUGAUACAAUAA